CUACUGUCGUGAGUUCAAGUCCAACAGAAAACUUGUUGAACCAUAAAUUAAAGACAGUGAAAUGGUGUUUGAAACACCGGGCUUGAGUUUCAAGUUGGUGGAGGGCCAACCGAGUUACGAGUUAAAGAGUUGAGCCUCAAUUGGUCAGCUGCUUGAAUCAGCCUGCAAAACACUUUGGACCCAGUUUCGUCACUGCAAGCCCAUCCUCAGGCCCAGGGCAACGCAAACCUUGUUAGUCCUACGUACCUUCAACCAAACGCCCUGCAGCUUGCUGCAACAAAACUGCAGAAAAAGUCCUGGAAGCUUCCUCCCAUUGGGGAGUGGGAGCCUUAAGCCAACAACCUGCCAGGGUUUUCUGAGGUGAAACUGUCAGAAAACUGGCAGAACCAUGUCAGACGAAAGCAUCUCCUAUGGAGAGGACAAGGAGAACCUGCUCUACAUCUCCAAGAAGAUCAAUGUGGACGAGUUCGGGCUGGGCGAGGACGGCUCCUUCAGGGAGUCCCUCUCCCUGGCCCCUUCUGAUGUCUCAGUGCAACCCAUCGGCUCAGAACUCACGAUUCUGGAGGGCCUCCACAACAUCCCCCAGAUCUUCGACGACAUCCACUUGGCGCGCAAGUUCAAGCCCUUUAGCCUGAAGUGGGCCUACGGCAUCAGCGGCCCCGUCGGCCUGAUCAAUCUGAGCUCAGAAGGCAGACAGGAGCUGUUCUUCGCCAGCUCCCAUUCGGCCAUUGUGUAUCGGUACUGCUCAAGAGAGAUGCGCCACCUGGAGGCCCAUCAAGCGGUCAUCAAUGGGAUUUCUUCGGACGCUAGUGGGGAGUGGCUGGUCACUGCCGAUGGGGACAAGGAUGGUUGCCUGAUUGUGUGGUCCAGCAGGGAUUUGCAGCCGAUUUUCACGCUGUUUGCUGUCUAUCCGGACAGUGGCGUGCUAUUGAUGAGCCUCAGUCCGUGCGCCCGCUACUUGGUGACGGUGGGCGAAAGUUGCGGGUAUUACGAGGCGCGCCUCUGGCUGUGGACUUUGGGGCACCAGAAGCCGCACGGCAGCAUUCAGAUCAACCUCACCAACGGCCCUCCGGUCAAGAUCUGCUUCCACCCGGACUGCGAAGAGCACAUUCUGCUGGUGUUCCAGAAGCAAAUCUUCCUCAUCGUAUGGGACCAAACCAGCCAGAAGAUCCAGCUGGCCGCCCUUCCCCACAUAACCAGCCGCACCAAGGUGGGCUCGCUCACCAGCGCCACCUACAUGCAGAACUGUCACGAGUGUUUCGUCGGCUCGUCCAAAGGGUGCGUGCUGGUGUUCCGCAGCACCCUCUACGGGCGCACCUACGAGGCCGGCGAACUGACCAACGCCAAAAUGUACAUCAACGCCAUCAAGGUGACCACGGCUCAGAUCGGCACGAUUUGCAGCUCAGACGGCAUCCUAGUGGUGGGCGACUCGCGGGGGCACGUGAUGUUCUUCGACCGGAACGUGCGGAUCCUGUUCUGGAUCCGGAACCUCUCCAUCGGCGCCAUCACUGCCCUGAGCUUCUCCAUGUGCCCAAGGGGGCACGAAGUGCGCGCCUCCCCAGAGUCCCUGGGGGAGUGGGGCUUGGACUUCCCCAGUUGCCCAGGGGCUGGCGCCUUCGGCGCAGCCCCGUUCGACGCCACGCUGCACAACCGCCCCUUUUUGGUCAGGGAUUUUUUCAUCGCCACCGCCGACUGCAACAUCUACGCCUACGACUUCCUGCGGAGCGCGUGCACUCCGCUUUUCCAGGUGGCGGACGCCCCCAUCAGCGCCCUGGACACCCACGACGAGCUGUGAGGCUGGGGGGCUGCUGCCUCUUCCCACCUAUUCAAUUGCUGAUUGCAGGCCCCGCCUGGUGGUGGGGUACGCCAAUGGCCGGCUCGCCCUGAUGGACUUCGAGAAAAAGGAGCAAAUCGCCGGGGCCCU